UUAUUUCUUAAGGUUGGCAGUAAAUGUCAAAACAGAACCUGCCGAGCUGAGUGUGAAAAAUUCAUUAUAAAUGGCAGCAAUUGAGAAAGUAAAAGUAGUUGUUCUUGGCGAUUCAGGUGUUGGCAAAACAUCGCUGACUUACUUGAUAGCUCACAAUAAACCUCUGCUAUCUCCUGGGUGGACUGUAGGCUGCUCUGUGGAAGUGAAGCUACAUAAGUAUAAAGAAGGCACUCAGGCGCAAAAUACUUUUUUUGUCGAGCUUUGGGACGUAGGCGGAUCCAAUGGCCAUAGAAAUACCAGGAAUGUGUUUUAUCAGCCGACGCAUGGUAUUAUUUUGGUACAUGACUUAACAAACAGAAAAAGUCAAAUUAACUUACAGAAAUGGUUAUCAGAAAUAUUAAAUCAAGACGGUCCAAGUCCUUUGCAGCAUGUAGACGUCGAUCCAGAACAGUUUUUGGGUUCUACUCAAAUUCCAAUACUUGUAAUUGGGACCAAAUUUGACAUGGCGGAGGAAAAACAAAAGAAGAAUCAAUAUAGAAGACUAGCCAGUAGCAUUGCAGAGCAGUGUGGGUCCGAUGAAAUAUUUGUCAACUGCCAUCAAUCCAGGUCCUUAGCUCCAGGAACAAGUAAUUCAGUGAAGUUGACUAGGUUUUUCGAUAAGGUAAUAGAACGGAGAUAUUAUUCGCGCAUCAGUCCUUUCCCGGACAAACGCAGACAGAUACCGUCGUACAUGAUGACUACUUCUACACCACUAUCCAGUAACAGACCACCUCAGUACUUGAGUCCCAGGUUUUACCACAUGGAUUGAUUUUUAUUGUGGUUCUGAUAUUUUUUUUUAUUCAUGCAGAGCUUUAAAUAACUUGUUUACAUUAUUUUAUAAGAGUUGUUGAUAACUAUCUAAACUAAAGUUGUAUCGAAUUGGAAAAUCGGUUCACAUAUUUAUUGAUCAUUCCAAAAUCAUAGUUAGUACAUACGAACCGAUUGGUAAUAUUUGUAAAUAAAUAAGUUGCUAAAGUUUAUAUAGCUAAAAGUCUUUUAACGAUCAACACCUAUCACAUUCAAGUUCUAUUUUUUACCAUAUCGGGCUGUUGUCGCCUUACUUGAGAAAAUUUAGCAAGAAAAAGACAUUUCGUGAUCAUAUCACAUAAUUUAUUGUAUAUGGUAUUUAAUUUAUAUAGCCCACACACGCACGUAGUCCACUUGCAAAGAAGCGUCUUGUCCGUCAUUCUGGUCCAGUCUCCAGGUCGGGAGCCAGUU